AUGGCGCUCACAUCCCGCAUCUCCCUCACCGGCCCGCCGGCCGAGUCCCCCGAAGACUACCUCAUGUCCUCCCUCGGCGUCAUCUUCACCGACGACGUCACGAACCAGCACGGCGACGCCACCAACGGCAUCGAGUACACCUCGCCGCACCUCCGCCGGCCCCUCAUCUUUGAGCUCGCCGAGCCCGACGCCGCCGACGACCGCAGGCUCUUCAGCCACUACCUCUGGAACUCGAGUCUCCAGCUGGGCGAGCUCGUCGAGGCCGGCACGCUGGGCAUAGACACGCCCGUCCCCGUCCGCUUGGGCCCGCCCCUGUCGCACUUUGACGUCCGCGGCAAAACCACCCUCGAGCUGGGAGCCGGCACCGCCCUGCCGAGCAUCAUGUCCGCCCUUCUCGGCGCCCAACGCACAGUCCUGACCGACUACCCCGCCCCGGCCGUCAUGAAGUCCCUCCGCCUCAACGCCGCGCGCAACAUCGACCCCGCCGUCUCCCCGACGGGCGCCCUCACGGCCCGCGAGGUUCUCGUCGAGGGCCACUCGUGGGGCGAGCUCGACGACCCCUUCUCCCUCGCCAAUAAGCACGCUUUCGACCGCCUCUUCGUCGCCGACUGCCUCUGGAUGCCCUGGCAGCACACCAACCUGCACAAGUCCAUCGCCUGGUUCCUCCGGCAAGGGCACGAGGCCCGUUGCUGGGUCGUGGCCGGGUUCCACACGGGCCGACCCAAGAUGCGCGGCUUCUUCGAGGAGGCGGCCCUGGCCGAGGCCGGGCUCGAGGUCGAGACCAUGUGGGAGCGGGACUGCGACGGCGAGGAGCGGGCGUGGGUUUGGGACCGGGGCGUCGAGGAUAAGUCGAUUCUCAAGAGGUGGUUGACGAUCGCCGUGCUUAAACGCAAGACUGCUGCGUGA